GUUCGCCCUGAAGACUAGAACCCAUUUUGAUCCAUUUCUUUGGAGAAAAGCGGCGAUCUUUUCAAUCUCCUCUUCCCGGACUCCUUACUUCCUCACUCCCUUUCUUUCUUCAUCGUUCUGGCUUCCUUGGUUGUAUUUGCUUUGUUACUAAUCCGUAGCCAUUCUUUAUAUUUCCAGGCUGAUAGUUCAUUCACUUACUUUUAUAUACGGGGAGUGUUACAGACAGAUUGGUCAUCGCCAUGAGUAGCCUCAAUAGUCCCAUCGGUCUUUUGAAGGCAAUGGUGGUGAGGAUCCCCCUCAUCCUAAAGACCUUGUUUCUUCAUACAAUUCGCUUGUCCCCCGUGUCGGGAAAGCAAGAUCUGCGAACAGAGUUAACUGUCGCUAUUAUCCGCUCUUUUAUUGCCUUCACGACGACACCAGUCGGCAAACAGCAAAAAGGCAGCAUGCGUGACCCGGGCAUCAAGGGUCCCAUGUGGAUUUCGAAAGUGACACUACCUCCGCCAGAAAAUGAGGUGCAAGAAGCCGUGUUCAAAGCGUUCGAGGAUCUGAAACUCGGCGGCGAGACCUACGAUAUCCCGGGUGUUGUUCCUGUUGAGGCAGAGUGGACCGGUUACCGUAGUGGUGUGGAUAAGAAUGCACCGCAGCCUGAUAUCUCGGAAGAAGACAAGUAUAAGGAGUUGCGGAAAGAAGCGCAGUCGGACACGGUCAUCCUGUACUUUCACGGAGGGGCUUACUUUCUAAUGGAUCCUUGCACCCAUCGUAUUCCAGUCGCUCAUCUUUCCAAGAGGACCGGUGCUCCCAUUUUGUCGGUGCGAUACCGUCUCGCACCCCAACACCCUUUCCCCUCUGCUCUCGUGGAUGCUUUGGUCGCGUAUCUAUCUCUCGUUGCCCCACCCCCAGGCUCACUCCACGAGCCCGUGCCAGCAAAGAAAAUCAUCUUUUCGGGCGACUCCGCGGGUGGAAAUUUAUGCUUGGUGCUUCUGCAGACUCUUUUGACGCUGCGCCGCAUCUCCCCGACAAUCCGCUUCCACGGCCAGGAAAUCCCGAUUGAAUUGCCCGCCGGAGUAGCCAUGAGCUCACCAUGGUGUGAUGUGACACGGUCUAUGCCCUCUGUCGUUAACAAUGCACUAUACGAUUAUCUUGCACCGCCGACACAAGUUCCUGAGACACUCUACCAACCUCCUAAUAUUCCUGCAGACACCAUCUGGCCCUGUAAACCCCCGCGAGUUGACCUUUUCUCCAACGCCAACGCAGCGAUCCACCCUCUAGUAUCGCCUCUAGCAGCACGCAAAGAACUCUGGAAAGGCUCACCACCGAUCUACAUGAACAUGGGCGAAGAAGGCCUCUCGGACGAAGGCCUCCUUCUAGCUCGCAAAAUGUACCAAGUUGGGGUUCCUGUUGUGGUGGAACAGUUCGAAGGCAUGCCGCAUUGUUUCGGUCUUCUCAUGGUGAAGACACCGGCCGGGAAGCGCUUUUUCGAUGGAAUGUCUAAGUUCUGCAGUGACGCGAUUGCGGGUCGGGUCAAGCCAUCUAGCAGUUUAACGUACAUUGGGUAUAAGUUACGGUCGACUCGCGAGAUCCCGUUGGAUAAGACUGUUUCCUUGACUGACGAGGAGGUUGAUGAGCGUUUGCGCAAGAGUGCUGAAUGGCGGAUUGAGGGCGAAAAAGAACUGCAGAAACAAUUCUAUGAGAAGGCGAAGUUGUAGAUCUACACGUUUCUCUCCGGCGCUCUAUCUAGAAACAUUAUUGCCACCUAGAUACU